AUGAGCGAGACGGAGGAGGAGGUGGAGACACCACUAUGGAUCUCCCCGGUUGGGGCGCAGCGGCCAGGUGGGGAUGCUGCUCUGCGGAGUAUAGCAGCCCUGCCAGAUGUGCCCAUCUCCCCACCACAGCCAUACUACCCGCAACCAGUCCAUUCGAUGGAAAAAAUAAAUCUUAGUACUGAUGAUGUGGAGGAAAAGCUUUCUACACCGUUGCCUCUGCAACGUGAACCUCAAGCGUAUCGACAGCAUUGUGCCAGUGGCCCCACUGGGCCUUCUACUGCGCUUCUCACCGAAGUGCUUCGCCGAAUGCGGAGACGUUUGCUCACAACAGGUCGUCGCAUUCCGCUCAUACACGAAUGCAGCAGCCACGCAAAGGGAAACGCUCCAAAAACUUCUAAUUACGAUACAUCGCCACCACCACCACCACCACCACCACAGCAGCAGCAUAGGUCUCCUUGUCUCUGUAGUAGCCAUUCUGCAUCGCAGCUGUACGCUGACAUUGACGUUCACCAAAGUGUCUCCUCCCGCCGCGCUGCGAGACAACGCCGCAAUGAGGCGUUGGGUUACGUUGGAGUUAGUAAGCAAGGCGAGGAGGGAUUAUUCACGGAGAGCGAUGCUUCUCCAGCAGGCAGGCUCUCGCGCUCCAAUCACCGCAGCCUUGACACGCUUGAGUGGGGCGAUCGGCUCUGGCGAGGUAUCGAAGACGACGAGGAGCGUAUGUGCCGCUGGCUUGUGGAGCGUGGUAUGCUUCCUGACGAAAAUUCGCUUGCACUUCGUAUCCUCACGGAUUACCUGAAGAGCAAAACGGAGCGGCUGGAACGUGACUACGAUGAACUCUUCUGGUUGUCUCGUCAAGGCUCCCCCAAGUUGCGUCACUUUCAACAAGCGGAGUUUUCGACAAUGGCGUCAGGGAGCUCGAACAUUCCCACACAACACCAACAGCAACUGGAGCAUCCGUACGGAGGACCCUCUGAAGCAAGAGUAGGGUCACUGCAGCAGCGCAGUAUGCAUUCCCCCGAAUAUACUCCAAAGGAAAGGCAUGUCUGUGUCUCUCCUUGGAGCAGUGGGGGCAAAGACACUCGUGGCGUGACUGGGGCCGCACCCAUCCCUCAUGACAAAGGUAACAACACAGUGUCGCCGCUCACACCAAGAACGGAACAGCCUCCGUUUCAAAGGCAUCAGAGCCGUUGCGUCACCCGCGACUUGUCUUCUUUUUACACGGGACGCUCAAUGGCAACUGGGGAGUGCAGGAAUGUGUCGGGGAGCCGAGUCGCCGGCAGAAAGGUGUGCGAGUCGGCAUCCACUUCUUCACGCAGUGGGCGUGUCACACUUUCUGACGACAGUCAUAAUGCAACGAAGAACACAGCAACGCCGCCAUUACCAUUACAGCAACGACCAGAGCCUCACGUGCAGCAGAACACCGGUGACACAGACAAAAAAGAACGCCACGAUGGUGUGCGGCAAGAUCCCACCGUUCCUGCCCCUGGCAGCUCGCAGCUUCCUGUGGACCCACAGCCACCGCCGGGCGCGUUGAUUCACCCCAUCGCUUCUCACGGCACAGCGGACGUUGCGGACCUUACCACAGUGCUCCGUCUGCGCGAAUACUGUAGUCGUCUGGAAACGGAGCGGCUGCGGAUUCUGCGUGAAAGUGCCACACCUCGUAAGCGCAGAGGUGCAAACGGUGACGGGUUAGGCACAGUUGUUCCCACAGCAAAAAAACGGGAAGCAGGGCGUGAGCACUCGACUAUCCCCCCUCGGGUCCCCUCGGUUCCGCUCCAGCCGAUUCCCACUCUGCGGGCCCCGUGUGUGACGGAGACUCUAUCAGAUACCCAUGCCUCAGUUGAUUUAAGCGUUUCAGCCGUUUCCCACUCCUCUUCGAAGGAUCGUGACACACCUUCCGUGAUGAAUCGCGACGAGAAAAAGGUUUGUAGUGGUCAACGUGAUGCAGAAGCGCUGUAUAUGGACGUGGUUGCGGUACCGCCGGCGGGCAACACAGCGAGACCCAACACAUUUGCACUCCCGUCGCCGCUGCGCUCCACGGCAAGUAGGACGGAGAAUCGCUCCUGCAACAGCGCACCCCACACACCGCCGCGGCCCCCACCGGUGCCGUUGGUGUCCUCAAAAUACAUCAGUCCAAUGCCGAACGAGCCACGUACCGUGUUGCUGCACGGUGCAGCCGAAGAGAUGUGGCGUGCGCGGUCGCUUGCCACCUCUCGGAUGUCAAGCACUAAUCAGUCACUACAACACGUGCCGCCGUCGCCGCUGGCAUCAUCGUGGAACGAUGCAGCCUCGCAUGACGGGGCAAUAGUGCUGCCAGAUGACCUCCUUAAUCACCCAAGUCGCUCCCGUGUCGACGCGUUUCUGACCCCCGCGAGGCGGUUGGAGGCAAAUGGAGAAAAUGCGUCGCAGGUUUGGAGACCCAAUUCAAGCCACUCGUUCUCCGGUGUGUCCGACAAAGCAAUAGUGGCAGGGGCAGGACGGACAGAUGAGUCGCAUAUUUUCAAAAAGGAUUUAGAGGCUGCGAGCAGAGUGGGGGCGCAUACACCGACUCCAGAUUGCCCGUCGUCUCCACAUCCCAAUGUGCAACCGCUCUCGUCAUCUACGUACCCAGAGAAAGAGCCACAGCGAAAGGAAGAGCCAACUAUUGUUAAGGGUUCGUCUUUUUUCCCACUCAGAAAUGUUGUGGUCCCUGAUUCGCCCCAUUCCUGUCAUACGCCACUCAGAAAAAAAGCAGACCAAGGGAGGAAUAGAGAACCUGGAAGUGUAGUGUACAGUAGUAGUAGUAGUAGCAGCAGCAGCAGCAACAGUGGACCAAAUUUCCAGGGUACCAGUGGGAGAAGUAAACGGCGACAANACAGUAGUAGUAGUAGUAGCAGCAGCAGCAGCAACAGUGGACCAAAUUUCCAGGGUACCAGUGGGAGAAGUAAACGGCGACAACAGGAGCCCCACGGCCAAAAGGGUCGUAGACGCUUUGCCGCCGUCAAUGAUGCCGCCGUGUCUGUCUCGACGACACCACUCCCAAAGUUACGUCGUUCCUCUUGGCUUAUCGACAUGAAUAGUAGCAGACAUACUGGGAGCAGAAGUAGCAGCAGGACCGCUGGAGGAGAAAAAGAAAGAGGAGAGGUGGUGGCGGGGUUACAGGGAGGAAGUGCUAAGAGCACACCGCGUAAGAAUACUGGUGGGUUCAUUGUGCGCGUGAUGAACAACGGUGGCGACAUGAUUGAACGACGAGAGGGGAAGAGUCAUCCCAUGCAUGGUGUCUCCUCGGGGUCCCGCCGAUUUGGAUUGCUUGGCAGUCGCCACUAA